AUGAUCACCGAUGAAAUUCGCUUCAGUAUCAUAGACGCUGUUUACCUAAGGCCUGGAAUAUGGGAUUGUCAAAGGGAGAAAACUGUAGGACCAUCGCGUAAGGAAUUAUUUGUGGAAGUAACCAAUCUGAUCAAUCAGCAGAAUCAACUGGAACCGGAGCUUACUCCGGAAGAAGUUGAAAAGCAAUGGAAAAAUCUGAAAGAUACUUACGUGAAAACAAGAAAGAAGCUUUCUUAUAAUAGUGAUAGCAUGCCGGUGACGCCAAAAUGGAAAUUCUACAGUUCCCUAAUGUUCCUUGAUGAUCUUUUCAAUGUUCACAGAAAUAUACAAAAGCGGAGAAUUGAUGAGGUCACGGGUUCUUCUCAGGUAUUAGCUUUGAAUAUGUAGAU